GCAAUAGGUGACGCAAUCGCGCAGGCCUAGAAUCUCAACGGUAGUGCAGCGUGACAUCAAAGAAGCGACAUGUCUCUCGGCAAAGCGGUUCGGCGUUUGAUUAAACCGGCCCGGGGGCUCCUGGCGUCCUCGGAACCGGCUCUGACACGGAACUACGCGGCUGUCGCGGAGGCCAAAGCGGUGCUGGAGCACGAGCUGGACUCCAUCCGAGCCGCAGGCACGUGGAAAGCGGAGAGGAUCAUUACCUCCAAGCAGGGUCCACAAAUCAGCGUGGAGGGCAGCCGUGGCAGCAUGUUGAACUUCUGCGCCAACAACUACCUGGGCCUGUCCAGUCACCCGGAAGUGGUGCAGGCGGGAAUAGACGCACUGAAGACGCACGGCGCAGGACUGAGCUCUGUGAGGUUCAUCUGUGGGACGCAGAAUCUGCAUAAGAAUCUGGAGCAGAAGCUGGCCGAGUUUCAUGAGCGGGAGGACUGCAUCCUGUACGCCAGCUGUUUUGACGCCAACGCCGGACUGUUUGAAGUCCUGCUGGGCCCGGACGACGCCGUGCUGUCGGAUGAGCUCAACCACGCCUCCAUCAUCGACGGGAUCCGCCUGUGCCGGGCCAAGAGGCUGCGCUACAAACACAUGGACCUCAGUGACCUGGAGGUCAAGCUCAAAGAGGCUCAGUCUUCUCGGAUGCGCCUGGUGGUGACAGACGGCGUCUUCUCCAUGGACGGAGACGUGGCUCCGCUGCGAGGAAUCUGCGACCUCGCCGAGCGGUACGGGGCCAUGGUGUUCAUAGACGAAUGUCACGCCACCGGCUUCCUGGGGCCUCGGGGCAGAGGGACAGACGAGCUCCUGGGAGUGACGGACAGAGUUCAGAUUGUGAACUCCACUUUGGGGAAAGCUUUGGGAGGAGCAGCAGGUGGCUACACAGUUGGCCCCAAGCUCCUCAUUGACCUGCUCCGGCAGCGGUCCCGGCCCUACCUGUUCUCCAACGCCCUCCCGCCUCCCGUGGUGGGCUGCGCCACCCGCGCCGUGGAGCUGCUGCUCGCCUCCAACGAGAUCGCGCAGAGCAUGACGGCCAAAACCAUGAGGUUCCGGAACAAGAUGACGCAGGCGGGCUUCACCAUCGCAGGCUCCUCCCACCCCAUCUGCCCCGUGAUGCUGGGCGACGCCCGCCUGGCCUCUCUGAUGGCCGACGACAUGCUGAAGCACGGUAUCUAUGUGAUCGGCUUCUCCUACCCGGUGGUGCCGAAGGGCAAAGCCAGAAUCCGGGUUCAGAUUUCGGCGGCCCACACAGACGACGACAUCGACCACUGCGUGGACGCUUUCAUCCAGACGGGAAGGAAACACGGCGUCGUCUCCUGAAGGAGGAAGAGGAGCUAACCGCUCGUGCUGCCUUUUACUGAUGAAGAGCAGAGACGGAAACAUUAGUUACGCCUGUAGGUCGAUGAGAACGAAUGUUAACCUUUUUGUGUUUCUGCCAGGAGCGUAGGUGUUUAUAUUUAUAACUGUAAGGGCUGAAAAUCCAACUUCUGCUGCAUUAUGUCUUAUAAGAGAGAGGAUGUUUCUCUGGGAUCCAUGAAUGUGAUUUUUGAGCGAUCGUUAGUGAUGUUUGACAACUAAUAUAAUAAUGACUUAAUAGGUUGUUUUAUGCCAAAACAAUAAACUUGUCCUUUGAAUUUUAAAAAUGUUUUUUGUUAGCUGCUUAAGUAGGGGAAAACGUAUCAUUGAAUUAUCAAGCAGAGGUUUGUGAUUCUGCCUACUUUUGUAUUUGUCUGAUAUCAAGUACCAAAUACUUUAUAUCAGUAUCAGUAUCAUCACUGAUAUGUCAAAGAUCAGUGACAAUAACAAACUUUUUAUUACGUACGUUUAUGUCACAAACUUCUGGACUUUUAGCUGUUUCUUUGUUUCCAAACGUUCUGCACAGCUUGGAAAAUUCUGCGAAAUGACCCUUUAGCAGCAGGUGGAAGCUACAAAUCAGACUGAAAAAUGUGGCAGAACGGCUAACAGAGUACUAGCUGAUCAGAACAUCUGAUUUAAUUCGUAAAAAAAAAA